UUUUAUUAUGUAUGUUGUAAAGGGUGCAGUAUUUGUUGGAUAUUGGUGUGAUUUCGUGUCGGCCAUCAUAAUGGCGGUGUAAGGGCUGUAGCGGCAGCAGCAACAGCGGCGCGCAACUUCUAGCAGUGCGGCAUAGCAGCACUGGCAGCUUUUCUUGCAACCAUGGCGUCCCCAACAUUUUCCUACAGCCUUGCUGUAGUCGACAGCAAAGAAAUCUUCGACUUCUUCACUUUCAUAUUUUUAGAAGAACUGUCUAUAUUGAAAUAUGGCGGACAUGUAUUGCUUCGAGAGGACACUGGAGGACUUCGUGUCCUUCAACCAGCCGUUGCCGGCUGACGCAGGACUGGGUUUGCUGGAUGAGUACCUGGAGGUGGGGAAGUCUCACCUGGAGUCCCAUGCGUUCCCAAGCAAAUACGCGAAAGAAGUUUCCGACUUGCUGUCAGCAACCAGUCUGUUAAACUGUACAGAUGACGGCAAGGAGGAUGCUUUCUCCGGCAUGGACUGGAUGGCAGAGAAGAUAGACUUGAACAGUGUGUUUGAUUCUCUGCUGACUGAGGACUACAGUGAAGACUCUGCCUCUCCAGAAGAAUUGAUGGCUGCACUCUACUCGUGCAACUUUCUCACAACCCAGGCAUCACCAGACAACCUACAAGUAACUGAUCUAAUUCCAGAAGUUCCUUCUCUGCAAUACUCUGAAACAACACCACUUUCCCCUUUUGUUGAGAUUGUGCCCUUUACUGUUUCCCAAGAGUAUGAUCCACAUACUGCAGAUGAUUCAUUCAGUUUAGAGCUAGGUAAUGAAGUGGAUAUAUCAGAUAGUUCAAAUGAUGAUUCUGUUUCAAGUACAAAUGAUUCUGUUUCAAGUACAGUAUCUGCCUUUGUUUUGAAAGGUACAGGGGAGGAAUGUUUAGGCUCUGAUAAGGAAAGUGGGGUAUGUAUGAGCCCAGGGUCUGAUGCAGAUAGUGGGAUUUGUUCAAGCCCAGUAUCUUAUUUGGAAUCCCCUCAGCAGAGUCCUUCCUCACUGGGUUCUCCGUGCUCUGUGAGGUCCAAACCAUAUAGCUGUUCUGUUGAAAUAAAAUCUGUAUUGUCAAAGGUAAAAUCUGUUGGAAAUAAGCCUGUAGAUAAGAAACUAAAGAAAAUGGAACAAAAUAAAACUGCAGCUACUCGUUACAGACAAAAAAAGAGAGCAGAGCAGGAGGCUCUAAGUGGUGAGUGUAUGGAAUUGGAAGAUAAGAAUAAAAUAUUGAAAGAAAAGGCAGAUUCUCUUGCUAGAGAGAUAAAGUACUUGAAAGAUCUCAUUGAGGAAGUUCGAAAAGCUAAAAGUAAAAAAGCAAAGACCUGAAUUGUAUGCAUACUGCUUUGUACAUAAAAUGGCUUUUUAGUUGCAACAGUUUGCUUAUUUAUUUUCUAAUAAAAAUAUUUUUUCUUGUA